AUGAAGCUUAAUUUAACUUUGAAGUACAUGCUCACCAGAAAUGACAUGGUCAGCCUGGCUGCAGGUCAUCAGUUUGACCGGGAUGUUGAGCUGUUGUUGUAUUACCAAGACACCCAUCAGCCUACUGCUAUAGUAGAGGCAGCACAGGCUUCUGCCAAGCCAGGCUCUCUGAUGGGUGACCCAGUGGUCAUGCUGAGCCUGUACCCAGAGUUCCCCAAGGAUGUGAUGUCAUCGAUGACCUCACACGGGGAGUUCCUGUUCGUAGUGGAUCGCUCUGGCAGCAUGGAAUGCCCCAUGCACCUUGGGUCUGGGUCACAGGACCGUAUUGGCAGUGCCAGGGAUACUCUGCUGCUCUUGCUGAAAAGCCUGCCCAUGGGCUGCUACUUCAACAUCAUCGGCUUUGGGUCCAGUUAUGAGUCCUUCUUUUCUAAAAGUGUGGAGUACAGCCAGAAGACUAUGGAUGAGGCUCUGCAGAAGGUGAAAGAAAUUAGGGCUGACCUGGGAGGUACAAAGAUCCUCCAGCCUUUAAAACAUAUCUACCGCCAGCCCUGCCUCCCCGACAGGCCUCCACAGCUCUUCUUGUUCACUGACGGUGAGGUGAGGAACACCAAGGAAGUCCUGGAUCUGGUGAAGACGAAUGCCGGUUCUCACAGGUGUUUCUCCUUUGGGAUCGGGGAGGGGGCCAGCACUGCUCUCAUUUCUGGGGUGGCCAAGCAGGCCAGAGGGCACGCACAGUUUAUCACAGGACAGGACAGGAUGCAGCCCAAAGCGAUGCAGUCUCUCCGGUUUGCCCUGCAGCCAGCUGUGGUGGACAUCUCAGUCAAAUGGAAUGUCCCAAAGGAGGUGUCUGUCACCCCUCUGUCUCCACCAAUCAGAGUGCUCUUCCAGGGUCAAAGGGCACUUCUGUAUGCCCAGCUCACUGGGGAGAGCUCAGGGGACACAAAGGGCUCGAUAACAGUGAAGUACAGCCUGGCCAAGCAGCCUGUUGAGAACCAGCUGAGCUUCAGUCUUAAGCCUGCAGAGGACGCUGGAUGCUCCCUAUGUUGUAUUUUCAUUGGGAACUUUAUUACUCAAGCACAGCACAAGGAUUUAACUGCAACGGUUAGGAUUAGAGUUCGGGUUGAGGUAUUAAUCUACAUUAUGGAAGCAUUUCGAUUUCAAUUAUGUUGUCCAAUCCCAUUAGACUUUGACUCUCCAGCCCCAACCUCUAAGCCUGUGAGGGACCCUCUCCUCCAGCUGAUCUCUCUUCAGAAGGCCUCUGGUUCCUGGGUUCUGGAGGCAGCGUUGGCUGAGGUGCUGGCGAAGACUGAGGAGGAGGUGUCCAAGCCAAAGCCGGCACAGGUGGACCAGGAGGCGUGGGCCACGGUUCUAGCCCUGGUAUGGCUCUAUGGUUUCAAGACGGAGGCUCAGGAGGAGUGGCAGUUUCUGGCCAUGAAGGCAGUAUCAUGGAUUCAGGCUCAGAAAGUGGCCAGUGUGUCUGAGUGUGUCCAGGCUGGAAACACCCUUCUGGGUUGCCAAGUGCAGAAAGACACCCUGGGACUCUGAGAGGUUUACCCUGCCAGUCUUUUCUCUGUCCCCCACACGCCCGCUACUCUACCUGGGGUCAAAUACACACACAACCCUGCCUGCUCCUAGUCCCCUCCUCCAAGCAAACUGGUGGAGCUAGCAACUGUACUCGCCUGAGCAAGCCUAAUUAUCAACCUCUUACCUAUAUUAGCCUAUUGUCAUUUACUGUUGGGACACUUAUGUAUCUCAAUGUAUUGGUUGUUAUUAACAUAUCAACAUUCAUCUACGUGUUACAUAUACAGCUGUACUUGUUAGACUUUGCUUUGGUUAUCACUUCCAUAUAGACUACUGGAAACAAUGUAAUUUCUCCAAAUGCUUGGUAAAAUGCUUUCCCACUGGGCACAGUUGUCAAUUCAACGUCUAUUCCACCUUGGUUCAAUGUAAUUUUAUUGAAAUAACGUGGAAACAACGUUGAUGCAACCAGUGUGUGCCCGGUGGGUUAUUAUUGUAUGUAUCAUUUCCUUCCAAGAUGGCAUAGCAGUUCAGACGUCAUUUUGUCCUCGUAUUGUCGUGUCCUGUAUAUAUAUAUUAUAUAUAUUUACACCUUUCUUCGCAUAUCUUUUAUAUAUUUUAUUAUCCAAGAACUCAACUACAAAAAGCUUUCCUGCAACCCGCCUCACCAAUUACAAAAAAAGUAUUAUUUACCUCUGGUUUACCUCUGGUUAAAUAAAGGUGAAAUUUAAAAAAAUAUAUAUAUCUAUUAUCCAUGUAUAUGGAGCCAAAUAAAUGCAGUAGGGAGUUGUGGACAAUACAGAAAGCUAGAUGAGUGCCUAUCCCAGUGCCUUUACUGUGUGAUCA